AUGCCACACGUCGAUCUCGAAAAGGGAGGCGUUAUGACCUCCAAAAAGCACGACAAAGACCCUACGAGCAUCAACAGUUCCGUCGUCAAACGUAGCAGCACCUUCCUCGCCAACCUCAGCACCACCAUCCCCCUAAUCAUUGCAUACACCAACCUCUACCUCAUCAAGUACUACCUCUCUCCCUCUGGUCCUGGAGCCCGUCACCGCGAAGGCGACGAAGGACGUAUUAAACCACUCGCCAUCAUCCUCAUGCUUCUCGGGCCUGAUAUCAUACAGAUUACGUUCGCCGCCACGACUACAUUUGCACCAAAUGAAUUCCCGUGCUUUAGCUUUGGAUGGCUGGCUUAUAGCACAUUGUUGUUGGUGUCUGCGGUGUCUGGGAGUGGGAGGUUGUUACCGAGAGAGGAGUGUGGUGUGAAGGUAGUGGAUACGAAUGGGAAGAUGGGAAGGAGGGGGAGAAAGAGGAAGGUCAGGGUCUGGAGAUUGCUGAGGGAUCUAGAGUCUCACCAUGACCCGGACAGCAUCGACAGCGAUAUCAUCAUCGAGAUCCUCGAACCCACCAGUCAGCCAUGGACACCCAAAUCGCUCUGGGCCAUGAUACAAAACCGCAGCUUGGCUACCGUUAUCUUUCAGUUCUGGCUCGCAGGGAUAUUCUGGUAUUACUACGGCGAUGUAUCCAUCCUCUUACUGCUCAGCACGUCGAUCUUGCUCUUGGAAGCCACCGCCAACCUACCUAUCUGGUCCGCGCAGAAACACUUCUCGCACACCAAUGAUAUGGAAGAUGGUGUAUACACGUUGAUGCGCGACACCGGAACACCGUCUCAACGUAUCUUCAUCAUCCAAUCUAUGCACCCUGGAAUAUUCGUUAACAAAGGUGGCACCGCCACCUAUGCAAUGCGUCACACGUCCCUCCCAGCAGUUAUACUCAUCUCAGGUGGUUUUCUCUGUCAAGCACUUCUUUGCACCCAGCUUUCAGACGCUGCAGCCAUAGUCCUGUUAAUCAUCAUGUUGUGUGGUACGAUCAGCAACGUGGCUAUCGCUUCGUUACCAAGGGAACCAAUGGUAGAUGGUGUGAAGUUGCACUCUGUCGACACGAUCGGCGGAGGAAAAAGCGUUGUGGAGGCGCUGAGGGAAGUGGAAGGGAGGCAUGAGGGGUUUGGGCAGGUGCUACUUAGGGAGCGGUUUCCUGAGAAUAUCAGGAAGUGGGAGCACAGGAACGAGAAGGGAAACAUGGGAGAGGUGGGGGAAAUGGACUGA